CUCAAACUGAAUCAAACUUCAUGCCUGAGGUUGGAAAUCUUCCCAGUCAACUCACCACGGCCACAGAGCACGGUGGGAGACGAGGCGAGAGGGGAGAUGAACACUUUUCAGAGAAACGAAUCCAAGGAAAGUUUGUUCACUUUUAUUUCUGCAGGAGAUGAUCCCCCCAAAGGAGAUUUCCCUGUUCAGAAAAAAUCUCCGAAACUCUGUGGCUCCAACUAUCCCCUGAGCAUCGCCUUCAUUGUGGUGAAUGAGUUCUGUGAGCGCUUCUCCUACUAUGGCAUGAGAGGUAUGUGGCCCAUGGGAAGAGACUAUCCGAUCCUUGUGUUUCUGUAUAUGAUGGCCUGGCCGUCAGGACAGCUAAAAGGAAAGCAAGCAACCACAUCAGAUAAUUGGCUGGGGAAAUACAAGACUAUCAUCUACCUCUCCAUUGUGUAUGUGGUUGGCCAUCUGAUAAAGUCAGUCGGUGCAAUUCCAUCCCUUGGCAACCAGGCAGUUCACGUGGUCCUGUUUAUGGUGGGUCUGUUUUUGAUCGCCCUUGGAACGGGAGGUAUCAAGCCCUGUAUCUCUGCAUUUGGUGGGGACCAGUUUGAAGAGGAACAUACCUCAGAGAGAAGCAAGUUUUUCUCCGUCUUCUAUUUAUCCAUUAAUGCUGGAAGUUUGAUCUCUACGUUUGUAACGCCUGUAUUAAGAGGGGAUGUGAAAUGUUUUGGAGAGGAUUGUUAUGCGCUGGCUUUUGGUGUCCCAGCAGCACUAAUGGUGUUGGCACUUGUUGUGUUCAUAGCUGGAAGUGGACUGUACAGAAAAACACCGCCACAAGGAAAUGUCUUACUUGAAGUAUGCAAAUGCAUUGGAUUUGCUAUUAAAAACAGGCUGAAAAACCGCUCCCGUCAGAUUCCAAAGAGAGAUCACUGGCUUGACUGGGCGUCAGAAAAGUACUCGAAAGAACUGAUUGGGGAGGUUAAAAUGGUGACACGUGUUCUGUUUCUCUUCUUACCACUGCCGAUGUUCUGGGCCCUGUUUGAUCAGCAGGGAUCCAGGUGGACUUUGCAAGCUACAAAGAUGAACGCUGACUUUGGAAUAUAUGUCCUUCAGCCUGACCAAAUGCAGUUCUUAAAUCCACUUCUUAUUCUUGUCUUCAUCCCAAUUUUUGACCUUGGGCUCUAUCCUCUGAUAAGCAUGUGCAAAUUUAAUUUCACACCUAUUAGGAAAAUGGCAACGGGUAUGAUCCUUGCAGGGAUGGCAUUUGGACUCGCAGCCAUUGUAGAGGUCAAAAUAAAUGAAACCGAUAUGCCUCAACUUGUCCCAAAAGAAAGUUUAAUUCAGGUCCUGAAUUUGGCAAAGAACCCAGUUCAAGUGACAAUCCAAGACCAGAACCUAUUUCAGCAGCCAGUGGAGGCUUUCCAGAGCCCAGAUGAGUACUCACAUUUAAUACUGAAUGGAGAGCAACAGAGCCUUCAGUUCAUCCUGCAACAUCAAGGAUCAUCUCUUGCUUUUAACUACACCAUGAAGGAGAAAACAGUGUACACUUUAAUUGUUUUUGAGGCAGGAGGAAACCUAUCAAGUCGCUUAAUUUCAGACUUGGAAGCAAAGCCAGAAAAUGGUUUGGCAGCUGUUAGAUUCAUUAAUGGUUUGAGCCAAGAUGUCAACCUCACCAUUGACAGCAAACAGUUCAUACCUGUUCAGAGAAACUAUGGUGUUUCUGGGUACUCGCUGGUAGAGAGGGACAUAUAUGAUAAUGGAAAAUGCAUUACUGAAACUGGGGAAUUCACCCUGGACCUAGGGCUGCUUGACUUUGGUGCAUCGUACACUGUUGUGAUAACUAAUGUUUCUGGAGGUGCGGUUCAGACAUGGAAGUCAGAAGACAUCAAAGCCAACAAUGUCCAUAUGGCUUGGCAGUUACCACAGUACUUAUUAAUAUCUGCUGGAGAAGUGAUGUUCUCCAUUACGGGUCUGGCCUUCUCCUAUUCUCAGUCUCCAGCCAGCAUGAAGUCAGUGCUGCAAGCAGGCUGGCUGCUCACGGUGGCUGUUGGGAAUACACUCGUCCUUGUUGUUGCUCAGGCUGCACCUAUGGCGCAGUGGGCUGAAUUUGUCUUGUUCACUGUUCUACUCUUUGCUGUGUGCAUUAUUUUCUCCAUCAUGGGAUAUUUCUAUGUCAGUGUGGAUCCAGAGGACCUAGAAGAAAAGGAAGAGAAGAGAGAGACCCCAAGUAGAGGAAACAUGAUUAGUCUCGUUACUCAGAAAACAAAGCUCUAACACAUUAUAGGUUGGGAUCUUUUUCUUUCUUAUUUUCUUUCUUUUUAUUGUUUUAAUUUUUUUAACUCAGUAGAUGGUAGGGGGAAAGAGGAAUGGAGACAAUGUUAUUUCAUAGUACUGUGGUCUUUACUACUCAGAAUGUAGCUGCCAUCUCAAUGGGAUAAAGUAACCCUCUAUAAAAACAGGAGGGAUCCUGAAAUCUGAGCAAAAUUCCCUGGGAGAAAUCCUGUGGUAUUAAAUACCCACAUACAUAAAGACAAUGGAAUUUAGAACCUGCCCAUCUUUCUAAGCAAGGAAUGCUUUCCUAUGGUUUUAUUUUUACUAUAUAUUUACAGCAGCAGAGAGGAAGGGUAUGCCAGCAAAAGCUGGAGAUGCUUGGAGAAAAGGAUGAAAAAAUCCAGAAUGGGAUCAGGGAAGAAUAGAUGUUACAGAUGGAAGGUUUUUUUUUUUUUAUUUUUAGUUUUUACUGCAAUCCUCAAAGACUGGAAGAGUUACAAUCCCCCAAAUUUCAUCAUGUAACUCUCUUUAUGAGUAUUUCACCCCAUUACUGCAAAUUAUGUUUGGUCCUGAUUUAUGACUUUCACCUCCAGGCCCAGAAGUAAUAACAGGGAAUUAAAUGCUGCAGGCUAAACUAUUCCCAAAGCGCUACUGAACAAGAAAUGCAUUUUACCAUCUCUCUGAUAUACGGUUCUUCUUAGAAGUCUGCAGUAACUGAUUGUAUUCUUUGAUUAGACGUGAUUAGAGAAUUGGUUUACAUUUUUGAACUUUAGGAAUCCAAGCUGUUAUUUGUAAUCUUCCUAUAUAUAAGGUCUGUAUUGGACAUCUCCUUUACCAGUACCUGCCACUGCAAGUUAGGCUAUGGCUGUUUUCUCAUCUCAUGCUUCAGUUGUUCUCCACUGGGAGACACACUGCAGCAGUUUCUAUAAAAUUCCAGGCAUCCUGCAGUGACUUAAACGAGAAGCACUUUACCAUCUUUUUUCAAUUUACAAAAGGAUACCGUGGCACAUGAGAUUUUUCUUUUCCUACCUGAUUUUUGUCUCACUACCCAUGUAAAUAUGUAGGUAUUUCAGUGGAAUUGUGAGAAUUGCCUGAUUUUCCUUGCUUGCAUGAAUUGAGAAUUUUCUUGUUCUGCAUUCAAACUGUUUCAACCAUUGCCAAUCUAGUAAAACUCCUUGGACAGUCCCUGCCUUCCUCUGUCACUCCAAGGUUGCAGCUGUGACAAGUAUGGCCUAAUUUACUAAAAGACUGUCAGUAGGGUCCUCAGGUUCCCAGAGAAUAGAUUUUUAAUGAUGCUUUCCUCUUCCACCUUGGCAUUGGUCAUAUCAUGAAAUACUGUAUUUCCACCUUGAACAGGAGUGUGCUAAGGAAUAUGCUUAGCUUGACAUCA